UCUACAUUUCCAUAACUGUUUAUUUCACAUCGAAAUAAUGAGUUGUUCUGAGUUUGGGCGGGACUUUACCCAUUAUUUACUCCAUUACUCAGACUAUCACCAGUAAUGUAAUCAAAUAUUCAGUAUUAACUAGUUUUCUUAUUCUAUUCUUUGUCAACCACUAAUUCACAAAAUCGCUUGGAAAGAAAUUCAGGCUGUAGAUACAAAAAAGCACACAACCCCUUAAGCAACAGUUAUCUAAAAUAUAUGUUUAUGUUAUCAUGAAUGUAGUUUAUUAGAUUCGUGCUACAGCACAGUAGGUGGCGGUAAUGCUAUUUAGUUUGCGAGACAGCCAUACAAUAGAAGAAAGAAGAAAACGGAUUAUCCUCAUCCGCUGGUUGAAGGUUCAUCAGACGUGUGCUUGCUGAAAAAUGGCCGCGGAGAGGCAGAAUGAGGUGAAAAUAUCGCCAGUGGAGGAAAAUAAAGAGAACAGCAUCGACGAGAGUCUUGGCGUGGAGAUUCUGCAGAUCAUUAAGGAUUCUCAGCAGCAGCAUGGACUCAGGCAUGGUGAUUACCAGCGCUACAGGGGUUAUUGCUCCAGACGACUGCGUCGAUUGAGAAAGACUCUAGGCUUUAAAAUGGGCAACAGACACAAGUUUACUGGGAAGAAAGUGACUGUGGAGAUGCUUUCAGACAACAGACAUCUGUUGUUAGUGUUAAUGGAAGCAGAAAGAGCAUGGAGUUAUGCCAUGCAGCUGAAACAGGAAGCUAACACUGAACCCCGAAAGCGUUUUCACUUGUUGGCUCGCCUGCGAAAGGCCGCCAAACAUGGGGAGCAGCUAGAGAAGCUGUGUGAAAGUCCCCGUGUGGAUGCAAAGACCAAACUUGAGGCUCAGGCAUACACUGCUUAUCUUACUGGAAUGGUUCAGUUUGAACUGCAGGAAUGGAAAUCUGCAAUGGAGGCCUUUAACAAGUGCAAGACCAUCUAUGAGAAACUGGCCAGUGCUUUUACUGAGGAGCAAGCAGUGCUUUUUUAUCAGAGAGUAGAAGAGAUUUCACCUAACAUCCGAUACUGUGCAUAUAACAUUGGUGACCAGAAUGCAAUAAAUGACCUCAUGCAGAUGAGACUGAGUGCAGGAGGAGGGGGUGGCAUGAUGGCUGAAAAAUUGGAGGCGCUGAUUACUCAGACAAGAGCUAAGCAGGCAGCUGUGAUGAGUGAGGUUGAGUGGAGAGGUCGGACAGUCCCUGUGAAAAUUGACAAGGCCAGAAUCUUCCUGUUGGGUCUGGCAGACAAUGAAGCUGCUAUUAUACAGGCAGAUAAUGAAGAGACUAAGGAGCGCCUAUAUGAAAGCCUGCUGGCAGAGUGUAGAGACACCAUCCAGGCUGUCAGAGAGGAGCUAAGGACUGAUGCGAAGCAGAGAGAAAGAGCAACAGAAGGUGCUGAGAGUGGCAAGGUGUCUAAUCUGCAAUACCUGCACAGCUACCUGACAUAUAUCAAGCUGUGGACGGUGGUGAAGAGGAAUGAGAGCAUGGCUCAUGCGCUGCAAACUAAACUGAAGGAGCCACAGACUGAUGAAAACAAGAGAGGACCACGACCACAGGACCUGAUACGACUCUAUGACAUCAUCCUGCAGAGUCUUGCUGAGCUGUCAUCACUGCAGGGUCUAGAGGAAGAUCACACCUUCCAGAAAGAAGUGGCACUCAAGACUCUGGUCUACAAGGCUUACAGGUGUUUCUAUAUAGCUCAGUCCUAUGUUCUGGUGAAGAAAUGGAGUGAAGCUCUGGUUCUGUAUGAAAGAGUUCUGAAAUAUACCAGAGAGGUCCAGUCCAAAGCCAAGAGCCUCAAUAAUAGCCUUAAGGUACCAAACACCACAUAUCACUUCCCUUAAGAAAUUGAGAUGGCACCAUGGAAUAGUGAUGGUAUCAGAUUAUAUACAGAGUAGUGGUCAAAAGUGUUGUCCAGCAUUUUCAUUGUUGUUAUCAUUAUAGUUGGUGUGGACUCAGCUAUUGUGUUAUAAGUAUGGACAAUUUUUAGAGUCAGAGCCUUAAUUGUAGACAAUUUAAAUCAGA